CGCGCCUCUCCCCACCUUGUCUCUAUCCCUUCGUUCUCUCUUCCUCAUUGUUGGACCCUUCUCCGGGCUCAUUAGCCUUUCUGUGGACUGCCAAAGAGGCAGCACUGUGAUGACCACAAAAUCAACUCUUCAUCAUCUUCCCUGAAAAGUAUAUGUAGCGCAGCUGUAAAAAGUAUCAAGCUUCUGUGCUUCUCCCCACCACCUUAUUGGCUACUUAUUUCCAUCACUUGUGCAGAGAAGCUGGGCUUCAAGUGUUAUGCUUUGAGACAUCAUAACAAGGCCAUGACAAGGAAGAGUGCAUACUGAAGGCUUUUAGUCAUUCUUCUUUCCGUCCAUGGAGGCCACUUCUCCAUCUCCUUCCUUCUCUGCCCAUCGGGAGGAAGCACCGGCUUAUGAUGAGAUCUCCAUACAACAGAGCCUGCUCUUCUCCCACAGCCUCAGGGACCUGAAGAAUAUGCGGUCGCAAUUGUACUCAGCAGCCGAAUAUUUUGAAUUAUCUUACAGCAAUGAUGACCAGAAACAGAUGGUCAUGAACACCUUGAAAGAUUAUGCCCUUAAGGCCCUUGUUAAUACAGUGGAUCAUUUGGGCUCUGUCUCGUACAAGGUUAAUAACCUUCUGAACAAAAAAGUUGGUGAGGUUUCUGGAACAGAGUUUCGGGUUUCUUGCCUUGAACAGAUACUUCGAACAUGCCAAGAGUACAUGGAUCAGGAAGGCCGUUUUCAACAGUCUCUUGCAAGCCCAGCUCCAAAGUAUCACAAACAUUACAUUUUACCAGUAGGUAAAACUAUUCUUGAAUCUGGAAGACAUGCUAUACCGAAUUAUCAAGAAUUAGACCCACUGAAGGAAUCACAGCAGUUUCAGAUGGUGGUUCAUUCAACAAUUAGGGAUUCAACAAUUAGGGAAAGACAACCUUCAUUCAGGAGACCGCAUUCCCCUUCUGCUUCCUCUUCCACUUUGCAACGAGCACGCUCUUUAUCACCUUUUCAAAGAGCACGUUCACCAUCACCUUCGCCAGAGACUGGGAAAUUCUCUUUUAAAGAGAAAAGAGCAGUCUCACCACCUCCAAGUUCAAAUACAUUUGCACGUACAAUAUCACUCUCAAGCAGACCAAAUGUUGCUAGCUCAUCAAAUAUCGGGCAUUGGUAUCCUUCAGACACUCGGACAUCAUCGCCAAUGCACUCGCAUGCUGAAACAAACAGUCAUAGAGAGACUGAUCAAAAUUCAAAGAAACGUAGAGGCUUCCUCAAGGCCUUGCUUACUAGGCGCAGAUCAAGGAAUGAUGAGUCAUUAUAUACUUACUUGGAUGAAUAUUAAGAAUGCUGCACUGAAAUGGAAGCAAGGAAGGGGAACAAAUUAUCAAGAACCUUUCCUAUGCUUUCGGUCUUUGUGGUCUCUCUAUUUAAUUACUCCUUUUAUUUAUAAUCUUGUUGUAUCUUUGUUUUCGUUUGACAAGAGAAGAUGUUAUUUGUGAAGACCAGUUUUUGUAUAUCAGUAAAUUGUUCG